AAACCUGGGAUACAGAUGAAUGAUUUUGAUGUUCGAUGGUAUGAAAAAGAGGACAAUAUGUGGGAUGUAAGAAACGAGGGCUUAAUCACCAGGGAAGGCGUGGGAAGCGGAAACUCCUAUGUGUUCAGAUGCUUCAUGAGCAAGGGAUGUUGGUGGCCCCACAGGGCUCUGGGACACAGCAUAAAAGCCUGCGCUGCUCCAGGCUCUGCAUCCUCCUCUCUUGCUUCACUUUCCUCGAGGAACGAGCUUUGCUUCCUUCACGGAGAGAUGUCUUGCUUCAGACCCUGUCCCCCACAGCCCUGCUGUGCCUCUGGCCCAACCCCACUUGCAAGCAGCUGCAGUGAGCCCUGUGUCGCCCGCUGCGCUGACUCGACGGUGUUCAUCGAACCCUCGCCGGUGGUGGUGACCCUGCCGGGCCCCAUCCUCAACUCUUUCCCUCAGAGCACGGCUGUGGGAUCGUCUCUGUCAGCUGCUGUUGGGAGCUCCCUCAGUGCCAGUGGAGUUCCCAUCUCUUCUGGGGGCUCCCUUGGUCUGGGCGGGUCCGGGAUGUGUCUGCCUGUCCCCCGCUGCAGUCUGAACUGCUGAAGCUGGUGGCUCAUCCCCUUGGGAGCAGGACGGAAGACGGGACCCUGCAGCAGCAGGUCAUGGACAUGUCUUGCAGACAGUCUGAAUGUCUUCAUGCCACCUGGCAGGAGGGACCUGUGCCCACUUCUCCUCGCUGCACGGCUGGCGUGGCCGUGUCUCCUCUGGCUCUCCUUUGCUUUGAGCCCUCUGGAAUGGGCUCCUUUCUCUUCUGCUUUGCUGAACCCCUGCUGAAAGGGAGAGGAUUCUGGAGUUAGGGACCGCUCUUGGUGCGCUGCCAUUGCUACCAGGGAGAGCAGAAUGGGAAAAGGCAAGCUCUUUGUAUGCAGCUUGUCCUUGGGGAACGGGCCAUCCUCUGUGCUUCCCUCAAUCCUGCAGAUGUUUUCCUUGGUCUCUGUUCUGUUCCACUGCAUUUCCCCCCUUCUCAUUAAAGACUUUGUGCAGCAGA